AUGAGCAGUAUUGGCUUUGAGAAGUGUGUAUCAGAACACGGGUUGUAUGUGAAGAGCUGCCAACACAGUGGCAGACAGGAGAAGUUAAUUGUAUGCCUAUAUGUUGAUGACCUAUUAGUCACUGGGAGCUGUGAGGAGCUGAUUUCAGAUUUCAAACUUCAAAUGCUGAGUGAAUUCGAGAUGAGUGACUUGGGAAAGCUCAGCUACUUUCUUGGAAUAGAAUUUACUGAGACUGAGAAUGGGAUUGUGAUGCACCAGUCCAGAUAUGUUCUAGACUUACCAAAGAGGUUUGAAAUGGUUGACUGUAAUGCUGCUAAUACCCCAGCUGAAGUGGGGUUGAAACUAGAGAAGGAACCAGAUGAAGAAGCUGUAGAUCCAACAGCUUACAGAAGUAUAGUUGGGAGUUUGAGAUACCUCUGUAACACAAGGCCUGACUUGAGUUACAGUGUUGGAGUGGUGAGUAGAUAUAUGGAAUGCCCCAGAUUGUCACACUUGAAUGCUGUCAAACGCAUUCUAAGAUACUUGCAGGGCACUCACUCUUAUGGAAUACUGUUGGGAAGAGGAGAGACUGGGGAAGAAGUGCAAAUCACUUCUUACUCAGAUGCAGACUGGUGUGGUGAUAAGGAAGAUAGGAAGAGUACUGCUGGUUACAUCUUCUUCAUGGGAGGAACACCAAUUUCAUGGAGUUCAAGAAAGGAACCAGUGGUUGCCUUGUCAUCAUGUGAGGCAGAAUACAUAGCUGCCUGUGAAGCUACUUGUCAAGCAACUUGGCUGGGAUUCCUAUUGGAAGGGUUGAAAAUCGAGCUAACUGGAAGAGUAAGGCUGCUUGUUGACAACAAGUCAGCCAUAGACCUUGCUAAACACCCUGCAUCUCACGGCAGGAGCAAGCACAUCGAGACCCGAUUUCACUACAUCAGAGAACAGGUCAGUAGUGGUAGACUGGAUGUUGUACACUGCAGAUCCGAAGACCAACUAGCAGAUAUACUCACCAAAGCACUCAAAAGUGAGCGUUUUCAGUCACUCAGAAAGCAGAUUGGGAUGGUGCGAGCUGAGAUCAGUGAAGAUCACACCAGAAGGACGGCGAAAACCUAG